GGCGCGGAGAGGGGAGCGGCCGCUGGCGGGCGGCGGGCACCAGCUGCGAGAGCAGGUAGUCAACGCGGAGGUGGGCAGGUGGCCCCCAGCGGGUGAGCGCGUAGGCGGGGGCUCCGACUCUCCGCGCCCCGAUGCUGCGGUGAGCACACGCGCUCACUGCACUUGCCGCGCUAGCCCCAGGCAGCCCGCUCUCUCCGCCCAGCUAUCCCGGGCCCUACCUGCGGCCGCCGUCGGGGGAGGGGGUCUCCCCAGCUCUGCGGAGCCGCAUGAACAAUAGGCGGCGGCGGCUCCUGCGGGCGGCGGCAGCCCCGCACCCUAUGGAUCGGCCGCUCCAUGGAGCCCUCCAGAGCGCUUCUCGGCUGCCUGGCGAGCGCCGCCACUGCCGCCCCGCCGGGGGAGGAUGGAUCGGGGGCCGGGGCCGAGGAGGAGGAGGAAGAGGAGGAGGAAGCGGCGGCGGCCCCCCGGGAGCUGGGCUCCGACGCGCCGCUGCCCUACUGGACCGCCGUGUUCGAGUACGAGGCGGCGGGCGAGGACGAACUGACCCUGCGGUUGGGCGACGUGGUGGAGGUGCUGUCCAAGGACUCGCAGGUGUCCGGCGACGAAGGCUGGUGGACUGGGCAGCUGAACCAGCGGGUGGGCAUCUUCCCCAGCAACUAUGUGACCCCGCGCAGCGCCUUCUCCAGCCGCUGCCAGCCGGGCGGCGAGGACCCCAGUUGCUACCCGCCCAUUCAGUUGUUAGAGAUUGAUUUUGCGGAGCUAACCCUGGAAGAGAUUAUUGGCAUCGGGGGCUUUGGGAAGGUCUAUCGCGCUUUCUGGAUAGGGGAUGAGGUUGCCGUGAAAGCAGCUCGCCACGAUCCUGAUGAGGACAUCAGCCAGACCAUAGAGAACGUUCGCCAGGAGGCCAAGCUCUUCGCCAUGCUGAAGCACCCCAACAUCAUUGCUCUUAGGGGGGUGUGUCUGAAGGAACCCAACCUCUGCUUGGUCAUGGAGUUUGCUCGUGGAGGACCUUUGAAUAGAGUGUUAUCUGGGAAGAGGAUCCCCCCAGACAUCCUGGUGAACUGGGCUGUGCAGAUUGCCAGAGGCAUGAACUACUUACAUGAUGAGGCGAUUGUCCCCAUCAUCCACCGAGACCUUAAGUCCAGCAACAUAUUGAUCCUCCAGAAGGUGGAGAAUGGAGACCUGAGCAACAAGAUUCUGAAGAUCACUGAUUUUGGCCUGGCUCGGGAAUGGCACCGAACCACCAAGAUGAGCGCGGCAGGGACAUAUGCUUGGAUGGCACCCGAAGUCAUUCGUGCCUCCAUGUUUUCCAAAGGCAGCGAUGUGUGGAGCUAUGGGGUGCUGCUUUGGGAGCUACUGACCGGUGAGGUGCCCUUCCGAGGAAUCGAUGGCUUAGCAGUCGCUUACGGAGUGGCCAUGAACAAGCUCGCCCUUCCCAUCCCUUCUACAUGCCCAGAGCCUUUUGCCAAACUCAUGGAAGAUUGCUGGAAUCCUGACCCCCAUUCACGACCAUCCUUCACAAAUAUCCUGGACCAGCUAACUACCAUAGAGGAGUCUGGUUUCUUUGAAAUGCCCAAGGACUCCUUCCACUGCCUGCAGGAUGACUGGAAACAUGAGAUUCAGGAGAUGUUUGACCAACUCAGGGCCAAAGAAAAGGAGCUCCGCACGUGGGAGGAGGAGCUGACUCGGGCCGCACUGCAACAGAAGACGCAGGAGGAGCUGCUUCGGCGCCGUGAGCAGGAGCUGGCUGAGCGGGAGAUCGACAUCCUGGAACGGGAGCUCAACAUCAUCAUCCACCAGCUGUGCCAGGAGAAGCCCCGGGUGAAGAAACGCAAGGGCAAGUUCCGGAAGAGCCGGCUGAAGCUCAAGGAUGGAAACCGCAUCAGCCUCCCUUCCGAUUUCCAGCACAAGUUCACGGUCCAGGCCUCCCCGACCAUGGAUAAAAGGAAGAGUCUCAUCAACAGUCGCUCCAGUCCUCCCGCAAGCCCCACCAUCAUUCCUCGCCUUCGAGCCAUCCAGUUGACACCAAGUGAAAGCAGCAAAACCUGGGGCCGGAGCUCAGUCAUCCCGAAGGAGGAAGGGGAGGAGGAGGAGAAAAGGGCUUCCAAGAAGAAGGGACGGACGUGGGGACCAGGCACACUUGGUCAGAAGGAGCUUGGCUCAGGAGACGAAGGAUCCCCUCAGAGACGUGAGAAAGCUAAUGGUUUAAGUACCCCAUCAGAGUCUCCACAUUUCCACUUGGGCCUCGAGUCCCUGGUAGAUGGAUACAAACAGUGGUCGUCCAGUGCCCCCAACCUGGGAAAGGGCCCAAGAAGUAGCCCUGCCCUGCCGGGGUUCACCAGCCUUAUGGAGAUGGAGGAUGAAGACAGCGAAGGCCCAGGGAGUGGGGAGAAUCGUCUACAGCAUUCACCCAACCAGUCCUACCUCUGUAUCCCAUUCCCUCGUGGGGAAGAUGGGGAUGGCCCUUCCAGUGACGGAGCCCAUGAGGAUCCCACCCCUGUCAACUCAGCCACUAGUACCCCUCAGCUGACGCCAACCAACAGCCUCAAGCGGGGUGGCACCCACCACCGCCGCUGUGAGGUGGCUCUGCUUGGCUGUGGGGCUGUUCUCGCAGCCACAGGCCUAGGGUUUGACCUGCUGGAAGCUGGCAAGUGCCAGCUGCCUCUCCCAGAGGAGCCUGAGCCACCAGCCCGGGAGGAGAAGAAGAGGCGUGAAGGUCUUUUUCAGAGGGCCAGCCGUCCUCGUCGGAGCACCAGCCCCCCAUCCCGGAAGCUCUUCAAGAAGGAAGAGCCCAUGCUGUUGCUCGGAGACCCGUCUGCCUCCCUCACACUGCUGUCUCUCUCUUCCAUCUCCGAGUGCAACUCCACCCGCUCCCUGCUGCGUUCAGACAGCGACGAGAUCGUGGUCUAUGAGAUGCCUGUCAGCCCAGUGGAGGCCCCGCCCCUGACCCCCUGCACCCACAACCCCUUGGUCAACGUCCGAGUGGAGCGCUUCAAACGCGACCCUAACCAAUCCCUGACUCCCACCCAUGUCACCCUCACGGCCCCCACGCAGCCCAGUGGUCACCGGCGGACUCCUUCUGAUGGGGCCCUCAAGCCAGUGACCCUGGUAGCCAGCAAAAGCCCUUCUAGCAACGGGUUGAGCCCCAGCCCCGGAGCAGGAAUGUUGAAAACCCCCAGCCCCAGCCGAGACCCCGGUGAAUUUCCCCGUCUCCCUGACCCCAAUGUCGUCUUUCCCCCAACCCCGAGGCGAUGGAACACACAGCAGAACUCGACCUUGGAGAGACCCAAGACCCUGGAGUUUCUGCCUCGGCCCCGGCCCUCUGCCAACCGGCAGCGGCUGGACCCUUGGUGGUUUGUGUCCCCCAGCCAUGCCCGCAGCACCUCCCCGGCUAACAGCUCCAGCACAGAGACCCCCAGCAACCUGGACUCCUGCUUGGCCAGCAGCAGCAGCACUGUGGAGGAGCGGCCUGGACUGCCAGCCUUGCUCCCAUUCCAAGCAGGGCCGCUGCCCCCUGCCGAGCGGACGCUGCUGGACCUGGAUGCAGAGGGCCAGAGUCAGGAUAGUACUGUGCCACUGUGUCGAGCUGAACUGAACACACACAGGCCUGCCUCUUAUGAGAUCCAGCAAGAAUUCUGGUCUUAGUGUGAAAAGCGUCAGGGGUGGGCUGGGGGGAGCAGGAAGAGAUAGGGGAGCUGGCUGGCACAGCCCUUUCUCAGAGUUGGACCCCCUGGGAUCCAGUCUACUUCUUGCACUGAAAAUGCACUUUGAAGACGGAAGGGAUGGAGGCAGGGCCACUUCAGAGGGUCUCCGGCCCUGCAGACCCAUGUCCGCUAGAGGAGCUGUGCCUCUCAGCUCUGGCUGUGUGGGGGAGGGAGGGGUGCAUGCACAUCCCCCGUCCUCCACAGUCUUCCUCGCCUUCAGGGUGACCCUGCAGCGUCACUCAGCCAAACUGUCUGCUGCUCCCUCCCCUCAUCCUCCUGUGUAUGCCCAGAGCCAGUCCCAGGGCCCCUCAGCCCUGAGUGCAGCCUUCCCAAACACACCAGUAUUGGAUGUUCUGUGAUUGGUUUCGUUCUUCUGCCACGUUCACACCCGUGAAUCAGAGUCUUGUUUGAUGCGAGAUAUGAGUUUUUCUGUGUCCUAAGCCCUUACACGCCAGCUGGAGGACUGAAGGCAAGGUGCCCCAGCGUGGGGCGUGGGAGUUGGUGGACCCCGUACGACCUGCCUGCACUUCUUAGCCGCCCUGCUUAUUUAUUGGAGCCUACCAGUGAGUGGUAGGGGGGUGGGAGUUAGGGAAAAUACAGUUGAGCUGCAGUCAAGAGGGUAACAGAGUCUGUCUGUCCUUGUUCCUUCUGGAAAAACUCAAAGGAGGGAAGAAAGCAGCACCUGUUGACGGCACCCAUCUCCCACCUGGGGCCCAGAUGUGGUCAGACCAGUUCUGAUACAAACAUAUGCUCAUCCCACGAUUAAGUUUCUUGGGAUGCCAGAGACAAAGUUCCUCUCUCUGUCCCUUUUGUUGUCUGAUCUUCAUGGGUUCUUUCCUCCCCUUGAUCUGUCCUCCAGUCCCUGGAAAUAGUGGACUUCGGGUUAUGUAAUUGGUUGGUAGACAUCUCUGUCAGGGGUGGGGGGUCCCAGACCCUGGGAUUGGAACUGGGUGGGGGUGUUCCUCAGCCAGGUCAUCCAUGCUGUAAUCCCUUGAAAUAAAACGGAGCCGUAAGUAAUACCUUCCAUAAAUGGAUGUAGUGAGGCGAUGAUGUCUAUAAGGGGCUUUGUGAGCCACCAACGCACAGUAACCUUCAAGUCCCAACCUGGAGCCUGACCACAGCCUCUGGUCUCUGCGCCCAGGUAGCCCCUUAAUGUUAGGCUCUGGACUGCGAGCUGGGUAGAAAGGACAAGAGUGGCCAACCCUGACCUUUCUGGAAUUUGUUCCCUUGACUUGAAUGUUGAGCUGCUUCUGGAGCUUUCUCAUGCGUAUCUUGACUAUUCUGCCCACUCUGAGACCUCCUGUGUCAAGUGUGAACAGUUGCCUUUGUGGGGAGAUAACUACUUGAUUGAGAGUAGAGUCCUUAGGUCCCGCUCCUCCCCCCUCAAGACUAAAUGUUGCUCCAAUGUUUUCUCGUGGAAUGUUCCUUGGGAGAUACUAGAGGCCAACCUGCUCUCGCUGCCUGAGUGCCAGAAUGGGGAGAGCAGGAGGCAGGUCCAAGUGGUAAAUACGGUCACUGCUCUCUCUCUCUCUCUCUCUCUUCCUCUCUCUCUCUCUGUGACUAUGAUAGACGUCCUGCCUUGGCAAUUGUAAGGGGUGAGCUUGGUUUUCAAACCAUUCCUUGCUUUAUGAGCCCAAUUGGCACUUUGGUUCAGGGCCCACCUGCUCUUUGGUGGAGAGUCGCUAUCGGUUUUGUGACCCAUAUCUUGUGACCCAUUUUGUGUCCCAGGGUCUGCUGUUGCAUCUCACCCCUCUCCCUCUGUUUGUUCAGUGAAGCCCACAUGUAAGAAAGACAUCAUUUGGAUCCUGUCAGCAGUUCAGCCGGCCAAGUGAUCCCUCUUCGUCCUUGGUGGGGAGAGGGGGACACAGGCGGUCGUUCUGCGGCCUUCCCCUGCACGGUCCAUCACCCCAGUCGCUAAGCCACUAACACAUCUGUAAACAUUAAACAGCCCUCUGGUGGGGUACCGCUUAUAGCUGAAUCCAAACCAUGCCGGCUCUGGGCAGUGCGCUGUGGUAUGAGAGGCAGGGGUUUUUCCUGCUCAUUUUGUACUUGUCAUUGUGUUAGGUUGUAGCCAUCUUUCUUGGAAGUGGUAGUGUACUGGUGUAGCAUAAACUGAAUGGCAGCUACUUGCCUUUGAGUGACAGCUUGAACCCAGUUCUUACUCCUCCAUCCAGGGGGAGACGGGAAGGCCGGGUCUCUGCUAAGGGAAGAAUUGGACCUGCCAGAGCAGCAGAGUUAUUCGGAAAACUCUUCGGUGAGUUCCCACGCAGGUGGAGGAGUUACCGUCUCUCUCUGAUGGGCCCCCGCCCACCACACUCUCCCUGUGGGGCAAGACUGGGAUAAGGAUCCUGUAUAGUAACAGGUUUGAGCUGCUUUCCGUCCACUCAGGUUCCCUUGGUCAUGGUCAGGAUCAGGCCUUGAACCUGGGGCUCAGGCCUCUGCAGUGGCAAGAGUGGCCUCCCUUUUCCCUGUUCUUCACUUUCCUCUGAGACUUCCUUGCUCUUGGCAGGUGCUUGCUACGUGGGAGAUGGUGAUAGGAGACAGAUCCUGCCCUCUGCCCCUUCUCCUUGGAUCUGUGGGCUCUUUCCUCUGAUGCUGAACAGGAUUAUCCUUUGUUUACAGCCUUGGGUGUCCAGAUCACUUCCGGGGCUGAAUAGAUGUCCCAGAUAUCUUGUAUGUUACUUCUAAGAGGCUUUGAUGGGUGCUCUUAACUUUGCAUCCUUCAGUAUCCCAAGGGUCUGGUAGUGGUGGUGGUGAUCGUGAUAUGGUGGUGAUGAUAUCUUACAUUCUCAUGACUUGGAAUAACGCUAACCCUUCCUCCCGGCCUCUACAAAAUUACAUCAUUUUCCUUCUACAUUAGAUGUCCUUGCUGACAGAGAAGGGGAAAUGCUUAAAGACAAAGAUCCAGGUGAAGAGAAAUUAAAAAGCUGCUUGGACUGAUGGCUGAGUCGGGCACCAGGCUGUGAGACCUGAGCGAGUUGGCUCUGCUCCCUGUUCUGCUUUUGCUGUCUGACCUCGGGCUUGUCUCUUCGCCCGUCUCAGAUUCCCUUCCUGUAAAAGCUGCUUCCCUCACAAGGGCACCAAGAGUAAGUGUCAGCAGGUCGCUGAGGCUUGCGGCUGCGGCUCCGGCUCCAGCAGGCGUGACUAGGACAAACUGCCCAAGCUGACAGUGUGAUUCUCACCCCCUUUGUUUCUAGAGGACUCACCUGCUGUGUCUUCGUUUGCCUUCUAGAAAAGGAGUGAUUGGGAGUUGGCUUGGCAUGAUUCAUAGGGACUGUGGUCAGGCAUGUGCUCUUCUGCAUGUAUGUAGCACCUGAUGUUUACGAGCAGCCUUCCAAAUCCCCCCACUUGUCAGGCGGUCAUCCCCGUCCUACAGAGCAGCAAGUGGUUGGAGCAGCACCAGAACGACAGUUUGGGGUCCCUGAUUUCUUGGAGGCAUUCCCAGAGUCUUAUUUCUCUACAGACUGGAAUCCACCCAGUUCCUGGAAGAAUCUUUGGGAAGGGAUCUGCUGGCCCUUGGGAUAUGGGUCAUGGUAUGGACGUCCUCACAAAGCCCUUAUCCCUCAGGCCACGCUUGCUCAGGGACAUGGUGAGACACCCCAAGGGCAGUUAGGCCUGACCUUGUCAACACUCUUGCUCUACAAUCCCCAUGGUGGGACCUCAGCCGCUCAUCCCCGACAAGGAGGGAGACACCUCCUGAGUAAAAGCGAACUCUUCAAGCUCACUUUUAACAAAACACAGAGCAGCGGGUACUGAAACUGGGUGGCUGUGAAUGGUGUGCGUCAGGGGUGAGGUGUCCGUGUGGCAGGCCCCUCUGAAUGCAGCACCUGACCUUUUCCUUUCAUUAAGCCUGUGCCUUUGACUCAGGAAUGUGCUGAUCUGAGCUGCCCACAUACUAGCCGUGUGACGUUGCAAAUGUCUCUCCCUGUCUGUGGACCUCAGCCCAACCGUGAACUGAGGACGCUGCUCCCUUCCCUACAAGAAGCAUGAAGUCCUUCUAACUUUAAAAUGUGUGGGCCUGGAGCUCCUGGGCCAGCCUUGUCUUGCUAGAUCACUUCUCUCUGUGGAGGAAAAUCAUGUAUAUGUGUGGGGUGGGGCAAGGGGUUGUAGGUAGAAACCACUAGGAAAAAAGCAGUUUCACAUGGUUCAACCUACUAGACCACGGGCCUCUCCUCAGCUUCAGGCCUGAGAAGGGUUUCCUGUUCAGCCAGUUUUGUAGGAACACAUUCCCAGAUGCACCCGUCUCCCUUCAGACAAACCAUUGUUUCCUUAGAUCAGGAAUUCAAAUUAAUAAGGAUCCACCUCAGAAAGGAAAACCCACUGCGGCUUCUGGGGGGUUCUCAGCCCCUGCUUUUUCCUGGCCUGGCUGCCUGCGCACUCCCCACCUCAGGCGCCGGAGUUGAACGGGCAGGAGGCAGAAGCUGGAGUCCUGGCCGAUUUAGGCUAAUUAACAGGGCUUAGGUGCCCCAUUAACCUGACCCAGCCCUGGGCUUCCGGUUGGCUGUGCAGGCCAGGUGAGCAUCUUCUAGACCUCUCAGACUGUUGACUGAGUAUUUUCCAUUUGUCUGGAUGAGACACUGACUAUCCCCACCCUCUCCUUUGUCCAUGUCCAGCGUUGGGCCCUGGAAGCACCCUGGCCUCGCUGGGCUUCUGAGGGAGCCCUGGCAUUCGUUCUUCCAAAGGUUGGGCUCGCGUCCUUAACGUAGAGCUGGUAGGACUGGUCCUUCCUGAUUCUUGCUGUCUGCGGUUCCCUGCACCCCUGUCGCAGCCUUGCUUCGGGCCUUCAGUUCCCAGCUGCAGCUAGAAGCAGAGAAGGGCCCAGAGCCAGGUUUUUUUCCAUGCCUCUCGAGGUUUCAGAAACACCCACCUUUCUCCUGAUUGGUCUGACCCACCCUCCCUACAGACACCCACAACCUAGUUUUAACUAGAUCGAUUGGCAGGCAGGGACCUGACAACUAGAUGGGCGUCUCAGGACGGGACACUGGAAACAAUUCCAGAGGCCAGAUGGGUUUUCCCGAGGAGCCCACGGGAGUGCCAGCCCCGCCUCGACGUUGUUGCUUGUCUGCACUUACUGGAGGGCAAGACCUCGCUGCAGAAGUAAUGUGUUGCUCGUGUUCCCGAACUUCACACUCAGAUACCUGCGUUGACAGAUCCUGACUCUAGAAUUUCAAAUUCUAAUAUUGUGUUCAAAGUGGAUGCUUUCAUUAAUUUUCAUUUUUUAGAAUACUGCAUUGAAGUAUGAUUCCUCUUGAUGACUGUGUCUCUUUGGUGCCCCCUUCAAUUUGUCAUCUGAGGCGAGCCCUUCACCCACCUCACCCUAGCCUGGGUCCUGCCUCCCACCUGGCUCUGGGCUGGUGCACAGGCAGAAUUGGGGAGCAGGUCUUAGGUGUUUUGUCUGAUUGCUCUUGCCCACAAGUCCCAAGUGAGGGGUCAUUUUCUCGGAGUGUUUGCAUUUAAACAGGAAUGUGUCAGUUUACAACAGUGAAGCACCUCAGGACCGUUUUCACCUUUGGACCUGUAAUUGGGGUGACUUUUCCUUGAAGUUCUCUAGCUUCCUUUCAGCCUCCUUGAAGCCACUUAGAGGAGUGUGUGCGUGGUUUAGGGUUAGGGUGAGAAGUAAGUGACCGUAUUAGAGAGGACCAUUUUGUUCUCAUCUUAAGCUUCUUUGGGACAUCUCUGAACUCCCGGAGGUGUGCGUCCAUUGUGCCCGUCCUCCCUCCCAGGUUGCAGAGAGGACUGCAGUGGCUGGGGGCUGUUCCACGCACUGUGCCUGGCCCUGCACCUGGCCCUGCGGGUCUCCGUGCUCUCAGCCAUCAUGUCCCUUUCACUGCCAUCACCCUGGUCUCAUCUUUGUUCCUCUUGUCCUUCAUCUCUGCUUCCAGCCCCGGGGGCCAUGCUGGCUGUGGCUCUUCGUCGCUGUCAGAGUGAGGCACGGGUUUAUCUGGACCUGGGUGUGUGGACUAGUGAGAAAUUGUAAGAAACCAUUCCAUUUCCUCUGUGUGGAAGGUGCUGUCCUAGAGGGGCAGAGGUUUGUUAUUGUUAAUAAUAAUAAUAACCCUAGAGGCUUAUUAUAGUUAUUAAUUUCUACUAUUUUGAUUCAACAACAAUCCUGGGAGGGAACAUAUGACCCCCAUCUGAAAUGUGGAAGCCGAGGCUCAGAUAAUGAGAAAACAUGCCCAAGGCCACACAGCUGGGAAGCAACAUUACUGAUCUGCUUGGCCCCGAGCUCUUAUUUUCCUCUGAGCACAUUGGGGGUCACUGUUUAGAAGCCCCAGGAUAAAAUCAGCCUGGCCUGGGCCCACCUAAGCUCACAGAUGGCUCUUUGUCCAAGAAGCAGCGUGUUCCGUGGCUAACCCACCUGUCCUCGUCACUGGAUUUACCCGGCACACUAGCAACUCCCCACACUUGGCCGACGUCCUCCCUGCUCCCGGCUGCUUUCUCUGCCACCGUUUCCGUGACUGUUCAGGGAUUGGUUCCACACAGGGACUGAACAUAUCAGUUCCGCAGCUCCUCUCCCAGCUCCCCCGAAAGCCCUUGGGCCCUGCUCCUCCGUGUCCAGCCGCAGCGGCCUCGUUACUACUCCGCCUCAGCUGCCACCCACAUCCCUCCAAGUCUUUUGAAUUUGGAAGCCUUAUUGCAGCUCCUUGGGAACUUGAAGUCAGGCUUUUGCCUUUUUGUUGUGUUGAAGACCCAUGUGCCCUUUGUACCCAGUUGUCGCAAAGAAGGGAGUUGCUGCGCUCGCCAACUUUCUCCUCGUCACCCAUCCACACAUGCUCACGUGCUCACACAAAAAUUUAGUCUAUGAUAAAAAAGGGGUUGGAGAUGCGUUUUAUCUAGUUCACAAAAAAAGCUUUCUUGGGGGUUUUCCUGUCUGUUCGAGCCGUUGAGUCUCGGGAACACGGAAGUUCACACACGUGUUCAUUCUGUUCUGUAAUCAGCCCCCACGUUUCAUCCCUCGGUCUUUCCUGCUCCAGUGUCCUGUCCACGUGUCCUUGAAUUCCCAUUUUGCUUUGGGAUAUAAGUUAUUGUAGUUUGUCAACAAUAUUUAAAAAUAGAAGUCCUGAAGGAGAGUUUUCAGGUUCUUUGGCUUUUUCUUUUCCGAGGUACUGUAAACUGUUGGCGAGGGACGCCAAGCAGGCUUGGUCCGAUGGCUAAACCUCUUCUCGUGUUACAGUGUGACGCUGGUCCCAGCCUGGUCUCGCCACCAGAGCACACACAAACUUGAAUAAAACCGUUACAACAAUGA